UUGUGCUCGAAUCUCGUUGAAUGUGAAUUAACUCUCGGCUGCUUGUCGGCCGCGUUUGUUCUGGUCGGCUACGGCUCCCCUUUCUUUUUUUCGCUCAGACAAGAUUCUCUUUCGUCAACAUAUUGUUUUCGACUCAUUGCAUUGUUUUUAGUUGCAAAAACAAACAAAUUUUCCCGGCAUAAAUUUUCUCCAUUUUUUUGUCUGAUGUAUGAAGGCGAAUUCAAAGUGUUCCUAUUCAUUUUUUAAUUAGAAAAAAAGAAACAAAACAAAAUUCUCAAUUAUGGCGAAUGAUGAAGAAUUGAUGCGUGCAGCUAAAAAAUUAGAUAAAAUAGCCGUUCGUAAGGAUACUUCGAGCGCUUCACAAGCUGUUGACAUUUUAAAAGCAUUACAACGAAUGAAAAUAACAUUGGAUCAGAUACAGAAAACGAAUAUAGGCAAAAUUGUUAAUCAUCUACGUAAAUCGAUACAUGAUGAAGAGAUUAGUUCAUUAUCAAAAUCAUUGAUUAAAACAUGGAAAAAAUUAUUAAAUGAAAAAGAUGGUAAUAAUGGUGGUACUGGUGCAAACAACAACAACGGGAACAAAACUUCAAAUGAUAAUGGAAUAUCAAAUGAUUCGAUUGCUGAAUGUAAUGAUAAUGGUGGUUCAAGAUUACCAUCAUCAUCAUCAUCAUCACAAUCAUCACCGAAUAUUAAUGGUACAAUAAAUAAUUCAUCAAAUUCAAUUGGUGGCAACGGCAGUAUUGGUGGUAUAAAUAAACGUCCACAACCACCUAAACAAACAUCAUUUCCAUCUGAUACAAAUAAUACUAUCCGGCUUAAAUGUCGUGAAUUAUUAUCCAAUGCAUUAAAACCGGAUGCUGAAAUGGAAAAAGAUGAAGCAUUUUAUGAUGUUGAAAUUUUAGCCGCCGAAAUUGAAGAUAAUAUUUAUAAAGAAUUUAAAGAUACUAAUCUUAAAUAUAAGAAUCGUGUACGUUCACGUGUUUCGAAUCUUAAUGAUAAAAAAAAUCCUGAUCUCAAAUUGAAUGUACUACGUGGACAUAUUAAACCAGAAAGAAUUGCAAUCAUGACAGCCGAGGAAAUGGCCAGCAAUGAAAUGAAACAAUUGCGACAAAAAUUUACAAAAGAAGCAAUCAAUGAUGCACAAAUGUCAUUGACAGGUGGAACUAAAACCGAUUUGAUAAAAUGUCCAGCAUGUAAAAAAAGCAAUUGUACUUAUAAUCAGGUUCAAACACGUAGCGCCGAUGAACCGAUGACAACAUUCUGUUAUUGUAAUGAAUGUGGAAAACGAUGGAAAUUUUGCUGAUUGAAAAUAUUGAAUGCAAUUUGAUUCAGAUUUGUAGAUGUCCAAAUGAUGUUAACAUGAUUUUAUCCAGUCUGCCAACGAUUUUUUUAAAAAAACAACAUUGUCGAUUCUUAUGGUUCUUCGAAUUUGAAUUCAUCAUCAUCAUCAUCAUCAUCAUAUAGUAUCUUUUUUUUAAUGAACA